AUGAUCACUACAGCGCUUUCCCUGCUGCAGGACUACGAGGGCAUUCCGUCAAGUCUGACUGUCGGUGGUAGCAAUGCAUUUCCUCUGCUGAUUAGUGGAAUCCUCUUGCUGAGUGAGCAUCGGCCUCAAUUCAGAGUCCGCCUUCGUAUUUGGUUGGCCCUGGCACUUUGGUUCCUUGCGGCUCAACUGUCCUAUCUAUUGGCCAGGGAGCUGCGGUUGGAUGAAAACAUGUGGUUAAAUCACAUGGUCUUCCUGACGAUUAUCUCGACGGCCUUGCAGUUGCCAAAGCUAUUGACCUGGACCAGCGCGGUGCUGCACUCACUUGCCUUUCUAGCACUGACGCUGUUCAUUGGUGAGGAGGGCGAGGGUGCUCCUUCUUUGGGCUUGCAGGUGUAUAUGUUUGCGGUGCUGCUCAUGUCUGCCCACUAUGCAAACAUUGUCAGCCUAACGAUCGUCGGGAGGUUGAAAACCGAGCUUGAUUGCAAGGAGGCCAAGAUGAAGGCACAAAGAUGUGAAAUCGAGACCGCAGUUGCUCAAGCACUUGCCCAUGAGGAAACCCUGCGAGCACAAGCGGCUGAAACCGAUUUACUAAGGGCCCGGGCUCGGGUGGAUGCGCUAAGCGCGGCGCAUGAGACUGUCAUGAACCUGUUGAGGAGUAUCUGCGAUGCAGUGGUGCAGGUGGAUAAUGACAUGAAUAUCCUGGAUUCCGACAAGUUGAGCUUGUUGCUGUACCAGAAUUCGACUCUCGAUUUGGUGGGAACGUCCUUCAAAGACCUGUUGUCACCACUGGACUGGCAGCAAUUCCAGGAUGACAUUCGGGCAGUUCAGGAUGGAGGCUUCAUGCCGAUUCUAGCUAGGCUCAAAGGAUCCUACGACACCAAAAUUCGGGUGGCAAUUUAUGUGUCUGUGCUCCCUCAGGCUGAUGGUGAGGUGAGAUACUUCUUGGGCAUUACUGAAGAUGAAGAGAAACUGGAAGCAAGUCCCUGCCCAACACCAAGAAUAAAAUCACCUGUUCCCAGCAAUUUGUCGCAGGUCUUGCAGCGUUUGGACCCUGCCGUGGAGGAACCAGACCUGGAAGCAGCUCUGGAGGAAGCAGAAAGGGAAGACUCAGUGGCAGCGGAACUGGAACUGCAGGAGUUUGUCGAAGAAGAACAAAUGCAGGCGAUGAUGUCCUUCUUGUGGACCUGGCCCUUGGCCUCUCAAGAUGUGCAAGAUGCAUGCUGUGAUACUCACCAUAUCUUGAGCCGAGCUGCAGUUGUUCUCCAAAAGCUUGAGAAAAUUCCCUGUUCAAACAACUCAUCACGGUCUUUUUCCUGGCAGUGUCCAGCAUGCAAACUGAUGGGCUUCCAGUGCGACAAGGAUCACUUUGACAAUGUCAACAGCUCCUGUGGUCGUUGUGUCAACUGGGACCAGCUCUAUUGA